AUGUACAGCUUUAGCAAUACAGCAGAUACCUCUGGGUUGGAAGUGGCAGACAACUUUGUGGCCAAGCCUGAUAGCUGCAGGAAGCAAAGUGUGGUGGAGAGAAAACUGGCUGGGCAGGUUACACACUACAAGCAAUAUCCACCUAAUACAAGCAAAGUAUAUUCCUACUUUGAAUGUCGUGAGAAGAAGACUGAAAAUUCCAAGUUAAGGAAAGUGAAGUAUGAAGAAACUGUUUUUUAUGGUUUGCAGUACAUUCUGAAUAAAUACUUAAAAGGUAAAGUGGUGACCAAAGAAAAAAUCAAGGAAGCCAAAGAAGUGUAUAGGGAGCACUUUCAAGAUGAUGUCUUCAAUGAAAAGGGAUGGAACUAUAUUCUGGAGAAAUAUGAUGGCCAUCUUCCUAUAGAAAUAAAGGCUGUUCCCGAGGGCUCUGUCAUUCCCAGAGGAAAUGUUCUCUUCACAGUAGAAAACACAGAUCCGGAAUGCUACUGGCUCACAAAUUGGAUUGAGACUAUUCUUGUUCAGUCGUGGUAUCCAAUCACAGUGGCUACAAAUUCUAGAGAGCAGAAAAAGAUUUUGGCCAAAUAUUUGCUGGAGACUUCUGGCAGCUUGGAGGGACUGGAGUAUAAACUGCAUGACUUCGGCUACAGGGGAGUUUCUUCACAAGAGACUGCAGGAAUAGGAGCUUCAGCUCAUUUGGUGAACUUCAAAGGAACAGACACUGUAGCUGGAAUUGCAUUAAUUAAGAAGUACUAUGGAACAAAAGAUCCAGUUCCGGGAUAUUCUGUUCCAGCUGCUGAACACAGUACCAUAACAGCUUGGGGGAAGGAUCAUGAAAAAGAUGCUUUUGAACACAUAGUGACACAGUUUUCUUCAGUGCCUGUAUCUGUGGUUAGUGACAGCUACGACAUUUACAAUGCUUGUGAAAAAAUAUGGGGCGACGACUUAAGGCAUAUAAUUGAAGGCCGAAGUCCAGAGGCACCACUUAUUAUUAGACCAGAUUCUGGGAAUCCCCUUGACACUGUUUUAAAGGUCUUGGAGAUCUUAGGGAAGAAGUUUCCCAUCACAGAGAACUCUAAAGGCUACAAAUUGCUGCCACCCUAUCUCAGAGUUAUUCAAGGGGAUGGUGUGGAUAUCAACACAUUGCAAGAGAUUGUAGAGGGAAUGAAGAAGAAUAAAUGGAGUAUUGAAAAUAUUGCCUUUGGAUCUGGUGGAGCUUUGUUGCAGAAGCUAACUAGAGAUCUCUUAAACUGUUCCUUCAAAUGUAGCUACGUGGUAACCAACGGUCUUGGGGUAAAUGUCUUCAAGGAUCCAGUAGCUGAUCCAAACAAAAGGUCAAAGAAAGGCCGACUGUCUUUGCAUAGGACACCUGCUGGAGAUUUUGUGACACUUGAAGAAGGAAAGGGAGAUCUUGAAGAGUAUGGGCAGGUAUGAAUUUUCAAGGCUUAUUACAUUGUUCUU